AUGAGUGAUAAUCAGGUUAAAUUUUUAGAGACACGUUCUAUGACCGUUCCACUCUCAGAUGAGAUUACCAAAGCAUUUAUUUUAGAGACUCGAGAAAAGAAGAACAUAGAGGAUGUAGAGGAUGAAAGAUAUACCCACGUUUUGACGCAUUCUAAGUCUCGUUUUGCACCACCAAUCAGUCCAAACGAAAUUAUUACCUUAGAGUUCCAUCCUUCAGGAAAUUAUUUUGCCUAUAGUAGAGUUGAUGGCUCUUUAAAUAUUUGGAGGUUUCCUACUGGUAGUGGUAAAUUUUCUAAGGAAGUUCAAUAUACAUAUGUGCGUGAUUGUGUGAACUCUGAAAGAGUAGCUACUGGUUUAAGUUGGAAUCCUCGAGAAAUCAGUCAUUUAGCUGCAGCCUCCAAUUCCAAUGAAAUUUUAAUUUGGACUCAUGAUUCUUAUAAAAAGACAAUUACUAAAUUAAAGACAUUAUUUGUAAAAAGUUUUAAGACUAAGAUUAAUCAAUGUCUAUAUGAUCCUACCGGUAAAUGGCUUUUGGGGACAACUAAACAAGAAUUAUUAUACUUAUUUAAUGUUAAAAAUGAAUAUUCAUUGGAUCUUACGUUUAAUCUUUGGGAAAAGUUGAAAUAUCAAAGCUCAAUAACAUCCAUUACGUGGAAUAAUUCAGGGUCCUAUUUAUUUUUGGGAUUAAAAAAUGGCAAAAUUAUACUUUUACAAAUUAAACAAAAUAAUGAUAUAUUAGAUUUCGAUUUAGUCAUUGAAAUUGACGCUCAUAGAAGUUCUAUUAAUAAUUUAAAAAUGGAUCCAUGUGGGAGAUUCAUUAUUGCAGGUAGUGCUGAUGGUACAUGUUCUGUUUGGGAUACAACAAAUCUAUGUAGUAUACAUGUCAUAACAGAUUUAGAUGCUGCAGUUGUUUCGUUAGAUAUUAAUGAUUUAGGAAAAAUUUUAGCAAUUUGUACUGGUGAUGACCAAAUAUUCUUUUAUGAUACGAAUAAUUUUAAAAUUUUGGAAAGAAGCACUAUUGAAUCAUUACGUUCAGAUGCGAUUGUUAAAUUUCAUCCAAAUAGAUCAUGGUGUCUUUUAUCCAGUAAAGGAGAUACAUUGAAACACUAUAUUGCAAGUACAGAUGAUGAAGUACAAUACUGGAAAGUAAAGUACGAGAAUAACUUGAGUGCAAUUCGUAAUGGUAAGACCACUUCGAAUACGAUAAAAAGUACCCCACAAUCCACCCGUGGGUCCAGUAAUAGAAAGGUCAUGAAAAGCAGAGACAGACACAGCAAUACUAGAAGGCAUGGCGAAAUACCAAGGGGUACAAGAUAUGGUAAUGAUUAA